AUGGACACUACAAACCUGGAGAAAACAGAGGACAUCAGAAAGACAGCAAUUAUAGACAGGGAGCUAACUCUGGUACCAUCGGGGAAAGAAAUUACACAUUCUUCUGGAAGGGUCUUGGGGGAAGAUGAGAGGAGAAUCCAUGGUGUGGGCUUUGCUGUACACAACAGACUGCUGAACAGGAUCAGCACCCCCCAAGGUAUAUCCGAGCGUAUCACUGUCAUGGAAAUGGAAACCAAAACUGGAAAGGCUCACUUCAACAGCACCUACGCCCAAACCCUAACAACAGAAAAUGAGAAAAAAUACCAGUUUUAUGAGAAACUUCAGGAUGCAAUCAACAACGUCCCAAAAGCAGACCACCUGUUUCUCAUGGGCGACUUCAAUGCAAGAGUAGGUACUGAAAACAAAGUAUGGCCCACCUGCUUUGGACCUUUUGGAUUGGGAAAAAUCAACGAGAAUGGUCAGAGACUCUUAGAAUUCUGCACAAAUAACAACCCUUGCAUUACUAACACCUUCUACAGUGGCAAGGGCAAACACAAGGUUUCUUGGUGCCAUCCAAGAUCAGGCCAUUGGCACCAAAUUGACUUCAUCAUCGUCAGAAAGAAAGAUGCCAACAUGGCCAGCGAUACAGGUAACAUCAGGAAAAUGUCAGAAAACAUCAGAGUUGCUAUUGGACCAACAGCAAACAAAGUGGCACCUCUAAAGUCUGCGACAGGUGAACAGCUGAUAGACAAGAAGAAAUAA